UGAACCAGAAUGUGCCGUGCGCGAGCUGGACAUUUGAAAUUUUGUCAGUUGGUUUGUCAGAGCCUCCUGAGUUUGCAACAAACUAUCUGCAGAGUGAACAGAUCAGUUUCACACUGGACAGUUGAAGUCGUCUGUCACUGGCUUGAAUCAAAUAACCUUGAACCAUAUACAGAAGCAUUCAGAGGUAUCCCUCAAGUAAAAUGUAUAACGACAGUUGUUCUGCGCUGGUUGCAAAGUACAAUUUCCGGGAUCACACAGGGAAAGGCUAUGAAUCGUGGCAUCAAAUGAUAAAAAAUAAAUUUAAAAAAGAACGAAGACCCUUGGUGUUCAUUCCUGAGAUUCAACAAAAAAAGCCUCAAGCAAAACUCCGCCAGAAACAACAUCCACUGCUAUAAUGACUGUAGAUGGAACUAGCACUCUUGGAGAGGAUGCCAUCAGCCUUGGAUGCCACCGGGAAAAGAUGCAGGCUGAGUGCCAUAAAAAACACCCAAAUCUGUCUAUUCUACAAGACAAAAUGGCCCGAACAAGGGUAGAGAGAACAGUAUACUUAGAAAACCAUUCGACAAUGGAGACCCUUGACGAGUACCCUGCACUGCGAUUUCCAAUAGUACUUCUUGCAGAAACAAAUCACCAGCUUGAUGUUGACGUUGAUCGCAGCAUUAUGUCAGGAAUGGGAAUUGUAGCAAGAAAAAUUAUAGAAGAAUGCCAACGACGAGCCACAGGACGGGAUCUCUUUAAAAUGUAUGACGAUGCCAAGGAUGCAUUUGCGGAGGAAUCCCACAGAGGUCUUCAGGUGAUUCUCGCCACAUUGCUCCUGCCACAUUUAUUCAGGGAGGACCCCAAUGCCAUUUAUCUCAUCAACAAGGACCCAGAGGUUCCAACGCCGGUACUAAUCAUUACCGGAAACCCCUUCUUGGAGGCUACGUUUGGUGUGCGUCUGGACUACACAGAUAUCCUCACCCACAAAGUUGAUGACAUCACCCUCUGGCUUGCAACUUUGAUGUCAAUUUAUUUUGUGUUCAACAUCGAAUACCACAAAAAGGUCAAAAACACUCUUAGUUUCAUUGAGAAGUACCUUAUGUCCAAUACACCAGAAGGAAACAUCUCUCCCACUGUCAUUAAAAUGGCUAACUAUUUGUUUUCUUAAGCAUACUGCAUUGUCUGAACAGUCAUCUCAUUCUCUCUCUUGCUCGCUCUCUCUCUCUUUCUGUCUCUCUCACUCUCUCUCUCAUUUGUAAAACAUAACAAUAGAUGUGUGUGCGUGUAUAAAAUGUACAUAUCCAAUUUUAUGUUUUAUGACAAUAAUAUGUAGCUAUAAUAGGUCUGUAUGGCAUCUGGUCUGAUAAUUGUAUGUACAUCAGUACUUCAUAUUGUAUAAUAUAUCUAUAUGAUGUCAUAUUAUUUAUUAUUACAAAUGUUAUA